AACAUUGGCGCCAUUUUCUCUAGACAUCAUCAUUCAUUUAUCGACAAUCUAUUUUCUAUACGCAUGAUGCUUAUUUCACAUCUGUUUUUUUUUAGUGAUAAAUUUUUCCAGCAAAAUACAUACAUACAUACACAUUCAAUUAAUUCAACAAGCUUAACAACCAGUUAAGAGGCAUAGCUUUAUUUAAAAAUUGUUUAAACAUUUUUUUUCAUAGUGAUCAUCGUUUAUUUUUAUUGAUGAUAUAAUUUUGAAAAGGAAACACAUCCGUUCAGCUCUAAUUUAAUAUAAAAAUUUUUGAAAAUAUAAUAUUAGUGUCUGAUUCAUUAGUUAAAACAAUUGAAGGUUCAUUAACUGUGAUCGACAAAUGCAACAACAUUAUGAAUAAAAACAAUGGACCAUUGAAUUGUGAACCUAUGGCCGAGAAUAUUUCAUUGGCAUGGCGAAAUUUAUCGUAUCAAGUGAGUGGCUGGUUCGGCAGCGGAAAAAAAUCCAUUCUGAAACGUUUGAAUGGCCAUGUCACUUAUGGCAGUAUGAAUGCGUUUCUGGGUCCAAGUGGAGCUGGUAAAACCACAAUGCUCAACUGCUUGAAUGGUACACUUCGUAGUGGUAUUACUUCGGACUCCGAAAUUUAUCUGAAUCGUGAGGAACGUAAUCAAACGCCAGUCAUUCGAUUUGUUGAGCAACAUGUUCAUGAAACCAUCAUUGCUCGAAUGACAGUUAGAGAAAUACUUCACUAUGCAUUUCGUUUCAAGAAUCCUAUGAGCCAAUGGAAUCGAAUGAAUCAGCAUAUACUUUCUGUGUUGAAUGAACUUUUACUCGAUAAAACCAUAUUGGAUAAUCAUUUCGAGAAAUGUUCUGGCGGAGAACAACGACGUAUUGCCAUCGCUCAGGAAUUGAUGUCAUUGGAAAAGCCGACUUUUUUGUUCGUCGAUGAACCAACAACCGGUCUCGAUAGUAAUGCUGCUUUAUUAGUCACACAAUGUCUUCGCAAAUUAGUCAACAAUAGCCGAUUGACCAUUCUGGUAUCAAUCCAUACACCAAAUUCAGACACAUUAGCUUUAUUCGACAAAGUAUUUGUUCUUGCCAAAGGAGGUGUUUGCAUCUAUUCCGGACCACCAAACGACUUGCGUAACAAUUUGAAACAAAAAAUCGACGAUGAAUUCGACACGGAUAAGCCAACCAUCGAAGAAUAUCUGGAUAUCGCUUGUGAAGCUAUCGGAAGUAAAAAUGUUCGAAAAUUAACCGAUUCAACCUUGAUUGAACAACAUACUCAAUUGGAUCCAUUGGUUGAUGAUUUAAAAUUCUUACAGAAUGGCAUAAGGCAAGGACGAAAAAAAUUUUCAUCAGUAGAUUUUAUUUUGCAAUUCUAUCGGUUAAUGAAAAUCACAUUUGUGGCUGAAUAUCAAAAUUUUUUGAUACAAUAUCCAUUCUUUUUUUUUCUUAUCACGGUGAUAGCAUCGUUUUAUGAAACGAAUAUGACACAUGCAAAUGUUUGUUAUUCAUUAGAAUCAGAUGAUUAUUUAUCAUUAAAUAUGACUUGUCGUGAAAAAUUGUAUGAUGAAGCCCUAACAGAUGAUUAUCGUAUGCAUCAGAUGUUUGACAUUGUAUUAAUCAGUUUAAGCGUACUUGGUAUGAGUUGUCUAUUUUUUCAUCCAAUUCUUAAAGUUUUUCGUAAUGAACAUCGAAAUCAAUGGUACAGUCUUGGAACAUUUUUUUGGGCAUUCCUUAUUGUGCGCUGCAUCGAAUUGACUAUAUUGACUGGUUUUAUCGGAAUGAUCAGUUAUUUUUCUAUUGACCAUCUUUACGUAGAUAAUAAUCAAUUAAAUUGGAAUCGUUUUGGAAAUUUUCUCUACUUUGUUUUGCUUAAUAAUUUUCAACAACAAAGCAUUGGUCAUCUUUUAUGUUUAAUCUUUCUUGGCCAAUUCGAAGUUUCAAUUGUUUCCUCAUACAUUGUUAUAACAUGUCAACAAUUCUUUACUGGUUACAUGUUCAAUCCUUAUAAAAUGAAAAAUAUCCCUUCCAUUUUUCUACAAAUGUCAGAAAUUCUCUCGUUCAAGACCGUUCCCAAUGGGCUAAUGUAUACGAUGUAUGGACUGGAUCGUUGCGAUGAUGAGACGACAAUUUCAUUCGUACUCGAUGAUUUUGGAGUUAAUGUGGAUACAGUGUAUAGUGACUCAUAUUUCAUGAUCAUCAACAUUGUCAUCAUUCGUUUUCUUGUAUUCGUUUUGAUGAUAUACCAUUUCAGUGGAAUCUUUCGAUCAAAAAGAUUUGUCAAAGCUUCAAUUUCUGAUGCAAUCAAAUGUAUUGAUUAUGGAAAGCUAACUAACCAGAAAGAAGAAGCAAUUGAUUUAUCUAAAACUGUUCGAAUUAAAAAGGAAGAUGAACUUGGUUUUGAAGAUUUUGCUCGCCAUAAGAUUGUUGUUGCUUGGCGAUCGCUUACUUUGUUUGGUACAAAAUCCAUCUACGAAAUUCGAAGUGUAGAAAAAGAAGGACCGAAUUCUAAACAAAUUCUGAAAAAUUUGAAUGGUCAAUUCCGUUUUGGCACCCUUAAUGCAUUGAUGGGACCAUCUGGAGCCGGCAAAACUUCACUGCUCAAUAUUUUAAUCGGGAAAUCAAAGACACGAUUGAGCGACUCGACCGUGUUUUAUCUCAGUAAAUUUACUCCCAUAAAAGUUUGUCAUCUUAAGCAAGAAGUUUCCAGUCACUUAUUACCCGGUUUGACAGCCAAACAGAGUUUGACUUAUGCAUCAAUGUUAAAAAAUACUAUGGAAAACAAAAACUUGGAUCAUGAAGCAAUCGCUAUGAAAAUUCUCAAAGAAUUAGAUCUGGUUGAUACGAAAGACACUUAUGUGCAAAAUUGUUCAGGUGGCCAAAGGAAACGUUUGGCACUGGGUCUGGAACUCACAUCGAUUCGGAUGCCAAACUUGAUUUGUAUCGAUGAACCAACAAGUGGUUUGGAUUCAAGCUCAGCUCAAGUUGUCGUGUCAUGUUUGCGACAAGUGGCUCACCAUCACAACAUUUGCAUCAUCACAUCGAUUCAUCAGCCAACCGCCGAAGUGUUUUCCAUGUUUGAUCAGGUUUAUGUUCUAGCUAAAGGUGGCGUGUGUGUCUAUUCGGGUCCACCAUCUGAUAUACGUCAGCAUUUGACCAAAGUUUCAGACCGAAUGGAUCAAGAUGACAUCUUUCCAGUUGAAGAAUUGAUCAAGUAUUCCUGUCUUAGCUAUGAAGUUCCUUCUGUUCAGGAUUUGGUUCGUUUGACCAAUGAGAGAAUCUUAAAUGAUAAUCUUAUUUUAUUAAAUGAAACCGUUCCUGUAUUGGAUGGCAUACCGACUAAUCAAAAUCGUUUUUCAUUAAAAUCUGUCUGGGUGUUGAUACUACGUUAUGCAUUUUAUGUUCGUGGAUAUUUGUGGCAAAUUCUUGUCUUAAUGUAUUGCCUAUAUAUAUCAUUUGGUAUUUCAAUUUAUUAUAUUUUCGACACAAACAUGAUAUUUCGUGAUGGCUGUGUAAACAUGGAAGAUGAACUCAAUAAUACUUGUAAUCAAACUCAAGAAAAAGAAGAUGAAGAUUUUGAUCUUCAAGCUUCAUUCAUUUAUAUUUGUUUCGGACAAUCAAUGAUGUUUUUCAUAGUUUUAUUACAAACGUCAAUCAUGUUCUCGAAGGAAAUUGUCUAUUUUCGUAAUGAACAUCAAAAUGGCUGGUAUAGUACUGGUGCAUUUUAUUCUAUGAAAAUGUUAAUAGAAUUUUUACCAUUGAUACCUGCGCUAACAAUCUUUACAUAUCUGAUUGACAUUUAUGAACCCAUUCAUCCUGGAAUGUUUUAUUGGCUAUUGUUCUAUUCAUUGAUGGGUGCUUUAGCUGCACAGGCAUUUGGACAUUUGGUCGCUAUAAUAUCGUUAGGCAAAUUUGUUGCAUUAAUCAUAUCGAUACCUGCCAUUGAAGUUAUAUCAUUAUUAAUCAGUAAUAUGGGCACACCGAUUAGACGUCUACAUUAUAUAUUUCAAUUUCUUUCGAAUUUUGCGCCAACUCGAUUCACAAUUGAAGCCAUUUUAUUAUUACAAUAUGGAUUUGAUCGUUGUCGUAGGAAAGAAGUGCAGAAAAUUUUGUUGAAAUUCAAAAUGGAAGAAAAUGAACAUGAAUUUCAUGGAACAUUUUUCUAUUAUACGAUUAUUAUGCUUAUAUUUAACAUAAUAAUCUAUCGUGUGAUUGCAUUAUUAUUAUUAUUGGCAAAAACCAAUCGUUAUGAAAAUCGUCGUAAACGGGCAAUGCAAAUAGCCGAUUCACAUCAAAAACUGAAACCAGUGAAUGUAAUCAUACCUGGUUUACAAUGUCAUCAUGAAAUGACAAUCAAACAGUUUAAGGUUUAAUUUUUUUCCAACAUUAUUAUGCAACCAUAAAUUAGUACAACAACAAAAACAGAAAUUAAAAAUAAAAAUUUGAUAAAAAACAAA